ACAAAUACUGUCAAAGUCAAUUACGUUGACGUAUAAAACUGUACAAAACUACAAAACGAUCAGAAAUAUUACAAAUACAAAAUAUAUUAAUAUUUGUUCUUGAUUUGUGGAUAAAUUCUAAAUUUUAAAGACUAUGUUAUGUGUUCACAUGACGGCUUGAAAUUCUAUGAUAUUAUUCUAAUUUGAUAUCAUUUGCUAAAAUUUAAUUGAUUAACUGUCAUUUUCUGCUGUUAAAUAUUUUGAAGAGCAUCAUUAGCAAUAAGAUGGGUAGUCCGGAACGCGAAUUAUGCCCUCCACCAUCAGAGGAAGACGAACUAACAUUACCUCGUGCUAGCAUUAAUAAAAUGAUAAAGGAAUUAGUGCCUUCUGUUCGUGUUGCAUUCGAGUCCCGCGAAUUGAUUUUGAACUGUUGCACUGAAUUCAUUCAUUUAAUAAGUUCUGAAGCGAAUGAAGUAUGUAAUCAAAGUAAUAAAAAAACAAUAAACGCUGAACAUGUUCUGACAGCAUUAGACAGAUUAGGAUUUAGUGAUUACACAGUUGAAGCAGAAGCAGUCCUCAAGGAUUGUAAAGCAGUUGCUGCAAAAAGAAGAAGACAAAGCACAAGGCUAGAAAAUCUAGGUAUACCAGAAGAAGAGCUUCUUCGACAGCAACAAGAACUGUUUGCAAAGGCUCGAGAGGAACAAGCAAAGCAAGAUCAACAACAAUGGUUAUUAUUACAACAACACGGAUUAGUUGGAAUGGAGGGACCACCUCCAUCAUACAUUCCACCUCCCCCAGGAACUAAACAGGAUGAUACUGAAGAUGAUGACUAUUCAUAGAGAAAAUCUAAAAUCGCUAAUAUUACAUUACCUUCUGUUUUAGAACAAAUUACAAUUUUUAAUUACUA